AUGGGUGGAAACCAGGCCGUCAACGUUAACCCCCCCAAUGCCAACUUCCAUCUCACUACCCACGGCUCAGAUUGGCUCUGGACCGUCUUUUCCAUCAUGGGUUUAUCGUUGAUCAUAGCUAUUGCAACGACCGUCAUGAGGCCUCGGGGUACCCGCCUCUUCCAUCAGAUAGCCGUUGUCGUUUUAAUCACAGCCAGUAUCGCCUACUUUUCCAUGGCAUCUGACUUAGGUGCUACUCCUGUGGUGGUUGAAUUCCGCGGUAGCGGUACCCGUCAAAUCUUCUUUGUCCGGUAUAUUCAAUGGUUCAUCACCUUUCCCCUGCUGCUCCUGUCUUUGCUGCUCGCUACCGGUGUUUCGCUUUCCGAUAUCUUCACGACAAUCUUCAUGGGUAUCGUUCUCGUUAUCAUGGGUCUCGUCGGCGCGCUUGUCCCUAGUAGUUACAAGUGGGGCUACUAUGCUUUCGGGCUCGUCGCGCUUCUGUAUAUUUGGUACUCGCUCCUGUUACACGCGCCGGCCGCUUCAUUUGCUUCCGGCGGUGCGAUGCGUCGAGGAUAUUACUCAGCUGCGGCCUAUUUAUCCUUCAUGCUUUUCACGUACCCCUUGGCAUGGGCCCUCGCCGAGGGUAGCAAUGUCAUCUCCGUCACGUCUGAGAUGAUCUGGUACGGCAUCUUAGACAUUUUGUCGGGUCCGGUUUUCCUCGCGCUCUUCCUCUUCCACCUCCGCAGCGUUGACUACGCCAUAUUUGGCCUCAGCUCUGGGAAGUACGUCGAUCACGGAGGUCGUGGAGCUGCUGGCGUUGGGUCAGGUGUUGGCGCUGGAAACGCCUCCGGUGUAGGUGGUACCGGUAUGGCAUCAGAGAAGGGCCCGAAUCCCGCAACGGCGCCGAUGGCAGGAUCGCCCAACGCUCACACCGGUGCGCAGGCAGUGUAG